AUGCCGUCUAACGGGUGCUGGACAUGCCGAGAUCGCAAAAUUCGCUGUGACGAGGGUCGGCCUAAAUGCCAGAAAUGUGCCCACUCGAACAGAGAGUGCAGAGGCUAUGGGCUUAAACUUUCCUGGCCGGGAGCAAAGAGCAAACGCUCUCUCAUAGGGAAUCCGUCUCGUGGAUCUACAGGCGGUAAACCCCAAGGCUCCAUCUUCCUACAUACUGGGUUUUUAGACAUGGAGAUCCACCAAUAUCUCUCGAAAUCUGCAGGAAGACAAGUACAUGGUGAAAGCAACCGGGAUCUGCUGUCACUCAAUCGCCCUGUAACCAUUCACUGGAAACCCUUUCAACUUCGUAGCACAGAAAUUGAUCUCCUAGCUUACUUUGAGUCUGUCGCAUCGAAUACCCUGGCCACCUUUAAUCAGACACGUUCAGAACUCUGCGGCCUUUUGUUCCGGCUGGCCCUUCUAGACACCACGUCUUCUUCGAAAUGUGUUCUAUGGUCAAUGCUGGCUGUAGCUUCGCUGCAUAAAAAUGGUAAUAAGUACCAAACAAUGCAGUUGAAGCUGACCGCUGUUGCUCUCUUGAAGUCCUCUUCUAUAGAUGGCGUCGAUGACGCCGAAGCGGUUCGACAUAUUGCCGCUGGCAUGAUUUUGACUACAUUAGAAAUCCAUUCUAAUGAAGAGCCGGACAGCCAAUGGACUUGGUUCCUCUGUGGCUCUGGGCGGCUCAUGCAUCGCAUUUUGCAUAUUCUUGAAGCUCUCGGCAGUGACGGAUCAAUGCUACACGACUGGGCUUCGUACUACGGCUCCCUCACGGGUUUCACUCUCCGGCACUGGCGAAGAAUGGCGCCAAUCAGUACCUCUGCCGGAUCUGAAAUGCCAGAUUCCCGGAUGGUUAAACCUCCGCCAGUGUGCUCACCAUCAACCCACAAGAGCAUGGGAUUACCUGAAAACUCCCACAACUUUCUGAAACUCGUCCAAGAUAUAUUUCACGGCAUUCUACGGCCGUCUGAUGUAGGAUACCAUAAUCCAGCAUACACCGAAUCACUCAAGAACUGGGAGUAUCGGAUCGAGAAUUAUUCUGUCGGAAAUGAUAAAAAUACAGAAAAAGACAGGAAUUCAAUUCGCGGAUGGGACGACAAUUUUCAGCUUGAACUGUUCAAAUUGGCUUUACUCAUCUACAUUGAAAGAUCGGCUCGAGGCUCCUCAGGGCAGUCGGAGAAGGUUACUUUAUACACCCGACGAGCAUUUUCCGUGUUGUUACAGAUGAAUUACUGUGAGAUGCCGUUCCCGCUCUUUAUAAUAGGGAGUGAGGCGCAGUCUGACGAGGAGCGAACGUUGAUUCUGGGUCUGGCAAGGAGUGGUGAUGCCAAUCAACCUCACCCGCUUUCAAGACUGGAAUCAAUGCUACAAGCCAUAUGGGCCCAGAAUGAUUUGGAGACGAGCUAUGAAUUGGACUACACCAUGAAGCUGGAUACUGUGAUGACUUCAAGCCCACGCUUGCCAUGCUUUGCAUAA